CUACCCUUGUCAGCGCACUGGCAACCCCUUUUGCAUAGGAAAGCAUGCCUGCAGGCCCUUUGCGAACAGGGAAUGGUGGUGUUGGCAGCCCAUAGCGCGAUCUCCCGAGACGGGGUGCUGCCAUCCCAAUCGUAAGGGCGCCCGUGAUCCAGGACAUGCCCUGGCCGCAACACACCAACACGCCUGCCGACAGCUUCUUGCUCAAGUUGUGCCUCGCGCAUUAUUGCGACUCACACGGCCCCACGCCGUUGAUGGUCACAGAAGGCCUGCCGGUCGCAUGCAGCCAAUGUGACGACGACAAUGUCGACACCAUGAAUCGAUCGUACUCUGGUACUAUUCCCACAGCUCAACCCUCUGUAAACGACGCCAUGCGCAAAUUGGAUCUCAACGGCCCGCGGUCCUCCUCCGCACCUUCACCCCAUCAAGAGAAUAGGAGCAACACCAAGCACCGCAACGCGAAAACCUCGGCCUCGCCAGCAGCAGCCACCGUGGCGACAGAACAAACAACGAUACUGGAAACUCCUCCGCAGAGUCCACACAGGUCUUCAGGCGGCUUUCAAGAGGGGGCCGGCAAGGCGAACGGCCUGCAUCGAGACUCAAGUUUCCGCCGCACCUACGAUGACACGGUAACGAGGCGUGCGAACCCGUGUCAGAACUGCGCAUUGACCCUUCCCAAGCGCCAGGAUGGCAACAAUGGUGAGAAGAGCAGAUCAGAGAACGCCGGUCCGACACUACGGACUCGCGCUCCGUAUGCUCGCGUGAUUGGUGGCGGAAGCCGCGACAUCAGCCCUCCGAGCUCGAAUCCGCAAUCUUCCACGACUUCCGAUGUUGAAGACGAUGUACCUUCCACGAAUCUGCAUCGGCCAGCGCACCAACGACGUCCAACGACGUCCACGACACGAUCCAGCGCAUCCUCACGCUCAAGCCAUGCGACUCACACGCAUUAUCUUGACUACACGUCCACACACGAGCCUCUUAUUUCGAGCACGUACUCGAUUGUCCGUGCAUCAUGUCUCCGGACACUGUCGUUUGAAACACUACCACGGCGGCCUGACUCUUCAUACUCGAACGCUGGACCAACAUCGCCUGUCUCCACAGUGCCGCCACUAUAUUCUCUACCUGCGGGUGCAUAUGGCUCGGGAUAUGUCACAUCAGCUCCGACACCACAAUCAGCGGCAGCAGGCGGGCCUAUUUUCUUCGGUGAUCCCCUAGCAGGAUACACGACAGCCUAUAUCUUUCGGAUACCAGAUGUUCAUGCACGCGGCAGGAAGCGUGUCUACGCUUUCUUGGCGCUAAGCACUCAUCGCGAGCGGCUCGCCAUGAAGACUUUCAGCUUCAUCUCUGCGGCCUUCAGAGACUUGGCGGCUUGGAUCCAGGAUCUUGCCGAGAUGGAAGCCGAGCUCGAGCGUGAACGUGAGGAAUCGCGCAGUGGAGUUGCUGCCAUCAACGCUGCCUAUGGCGGGUCGAGUGGCAGUGGCGGAUUUGGCAGUGGCGGACCUCACGACAGCAGCUUGGGCCUCGGAGGCGGCCUCGGGGGCGGAGUCACUAUCACGCCUGACCGGGAAGCCUCGCGAAACAGUGACAGCAGUUUCCUAACGGGCGGUAGUCGUGGCCACGGGCUCGUGCAGAGAAUGGGCGGAUCAGUGGGUCCAGGAGGCUUUGCGCCAAAGGCCCGUGGGCUCGCAGAGCUUGUCGGACUGCCUGAUUUCUUCAUCGAGCUUCACGCGCGGUUUGUCAAGCUCCUUCUUGAGCUUGGCGUCGUCCUGAGCUCGUGAAGCGGUUUGUGACAUGACGUGAUCGUGGAAGUAAUGUACUCGGAGAAAGGACGACUGGCAGCAAAGCUGCCAGGCUUGUACAGUGCCGCGAUAGCGGUCAUGCAUAUUGGGGUCCUGGCGUUUUUCUGGUAGCGUUCGCGUUCGGAAUUUUUUUUUUUCUCGUUUUCCAUCAUAGACACAGGAUACCGGCAAGCAACGAGGGGGUCAUGAGUAUGCAUCACAUUGCGGCGUGGAGUAGAGGAGGAUAUACCCGUCCCGUGUUAGCGAAGAGGACGCUAGUGUACGUACGAUGAGAGACGACAUGAAAAAACAGAGCAUGACAG